AUGCGAUCAUUGCGCGUCUCGAAGGGCCUGAGACACAGCCAGAAGCCGCUAAUUUCGGUAGCCCGGUGCCAACAACGCGCCUACAAUGCUGCCGUCAUCGGAGGUGGCAUCACUGGCCUGACAGCCGCCUGGCAGUUGGCGCAAGACCCCCAAUGCUCCGGGAUCACGCUUUACGAGAAGUCAGACCGACUUGGUGGCUGGCUCAGAUCUGAAACAAUCCCCGUACAAGGCGGAAACGUGGUGUUUGAGUAUGGGCCGCGCACGUUGAGAAGCGCAAUGCCAGCAUCGCUGCCGUUGCUUUACUUGAUAUCGAAUUUAGGCUUACUAGGCGAACUUAUCACCACGUCAAAACGGAGCCCUGCGGCGCUCAACCGCUAUAUCUACUAUCCAGAUCAUCUCGUCCGUUUGCCCACCCCCGACCCUGCUCUCUCAGUCAGCGAUAAUAUUCGAAAUGUCUUUCGCGCACUGAUGAAUGAGCCACUCUUUGAAGGCCUUCUACCAGCUCUCAUUCUUGAGCAUACUAAGCCUGCGCGGCCGCCAUCGAUGUGGCAGUCAGACGAAAGUGUCUCACAAUUCAUCUCACGACGGUUCAAUUCCCAUGUCGCAGAAAAUCUAGUAUCUGCGGUGAUGCACGGCAUCUAUGCCGGUGACAUUGACGGAUUGAGUGCCCAAGCGCUGCUGGGCGGAAUGCGCAACCUGGAGGAUGGUGGCAUCCUAUACAGCCUUAUCACUAAUUCAAUUCUCGGGAAGAAGACCAGGCUCAUGGAUGAUUUUCUGGCUGUGGAUGCAAUCGCUAAAUCACCAGAAGCACUAGAUCAAUCUCAAGACAUCUUUAAUGUGAUAAAGACCGCUAGUACAUUCACAUUCAAGCGAGGAACCCAACAACUCAUUGAAGGCCUGGUUGGUGCCUUGCAGGCAUCGAGUAAAAUUACUAUCAAAACGAAAUCAGAAAUCACAACCAUGAAACCCCUGGACCCUGGCCCUCAAAGCAAGCUAAAGAUUACCACGCCCGAGACUGGCAUCAGAUCAUACGACCGUGUCAUUGCUACAGUUCCCGUAACCUCUUUGACCAAAAUUCUGGACUCUGAACUGGACGCGAAACAGAAAAAGGCCAUCCAAAACAACUCUAAACCACUUGAUUUGACACCUCUCCAGUUUUAUUUGCACGGCCAUAAUGAACCGGGAACAACUGUGAUGGUAGUCAAUUUAUACUACUCAAAUCCCAACCUUCUCCCUGUUGAAGGUUUCGGGUAUCUAAUACCUCGAUCGAUUCCAUAUGAACAGAACCCUGAGUGUGGACUGGGUGUGAUAUUUGCAUCUUCUUCCAGUGUAGGAACGUCUGCUGUCGCGCCUUACGAAUCGGUUGCACAAGAUACCGCGCCUGGCACGAAGAUCACUGUGAUGUUUGGUGGCUGGUACUGGGACCAUCUGUCGCCUGAAGAUUAUCCAGACCAUGACACUGCUAUACGCAUGGCUCGCACGAUGCUUCAACGGCAUAUUGGGAUCACGGACGCCCCGACCGUUGCACGGAGCAGCCUACAAAAAGACGCCAUCCCUCAAUAUCGGCCUGCACACCUUGGCAAGAUGUACAACUUAUCCAACCAAAUCCGGGAUCAGUUCCAUAGGCGACUUAUUUUGGCCGGUAACUCAUGGACGGGCGUUGGCGUGGGCGACUGUGUGAGGCAGGGAAUUCUAGCAGCUACCCACGGCGUCGGCCGCCAUCAGCUCCGGGUUGGCUCUGGAGAGUGGUAUCCGUGGAAGGAAUACGAUUAUCAGAAUUGGGACUUGGAAGGCGGUAUCCCUACAGCGCCUGUGCGACACUUUGAGUCCAGCAUCUAA